AUGCAAGGAAUUGUACAGUUAACAUUUAUUAAUGACAAAGAGGAUAUUCGAUGGUUGAAUGCAGGAAAUGCGGCCAGGCACCGCCACCCGAUCUUCACAGAUGUCGAACGCCGAGAUAUGACACUUGAGGUCGUCUCUUCUGUACCCGACCAGAAUCCAGACCAGGCAAUUGUUGAUCUAGAAAGACUCGACUCGGACAUCAGUUUCUCGAAACCAACCUCGCUUUUUCGGGGACCUUUUGGUGCUUUCAGAUUCCUACAACCGCCGCAACUUGAACCAUCACCCCCCAAUGGGGAUGAGUUGCCUCCAUCCUUCGUUGACUCGUUCGAGCAGCUUGAGGAGAUGCCAACAGAGGAAGAUUUUAACCAGACUAUGUUCAGUUUGGACGCCCUGGUUGCUCUGGAUGCAGACUACAGUGACAAUUUGAUGUUAGAAGAGCCCAGUCUAGAGCCACCUCAGAGCAUUGGGACAAACUUCCACGAUCCGAGUCUACCAGCAGGACUUAAUCCCUAUUUAUCCGUAGGUAAUGUCGAGGGCUGGAGUCUGCUAUCUCAUUACAAAGACCGAAUCGUCCCUUUGAUUUCUCCUUUACGCCGUGGAAAUGAGACACCUUGGAUGAACCUGGUAAUACCAUGCGCAAUGGGAACUUUAGCAGAACUGAUGCUGAAUGGGUCUUCGAACCAUGCACGGCUUGCCCUAUUAAAUGCCGUAUGGGGCACAAGUGCCUUUCACUUAGGGAAUAAUUCAGUGGCUUGCCUUGAACAUUGGAAAGCCUCAGGAGGGAUCUACUUGAUGCGCGCCCAAUACCACUUCCAAAGAUGCAUGGAAGAAAUUUGUAUCUCGGCAACAAAGAGGAGCAAAUAUAAGGAGAUUCUCAUGGCAAUGCUCAGUCUUUCAAACGCUUUUAUGAUAAAAGGCGACCCGGAAAUGCGACGCGCCUACCUUGUCCAAACAGAGAAACUCAUUUGUGUCAAGGGACUUAGCCAACCGGCGCUGUCAGCCAACAAAAGAGCAUUGCACCACUGUUAUGCCUAUAUGCGAAUUAUGGCUGAGACAACCUGCAUUGCUGAUAGAUUGACCGUGAAUCCCACCGGGACAAGCGAUACUUUGAGUGACACCACAACAUAUGGAGGAGACUUCCGUGUCUAUCCCAAUCUAAUAUUUUCAACGACCACAAUGAGCAUGGAAAAGGACCCGGGUAUGGCGCAACGUGAUCUCCAUCUUGCGAUACCCGGUCGAUGGAGCUCAACAUUAUUUCCCACAUUGUACGGAAUCGACGAAAUAUUUCUCAUGAUACUGUCCCAAGUGAUCCGCCUUGCGAACGAGCGAGAUUUGUCAAUGAUGUCCGAUGCAGCAGAAAGUCCGCUCGGCUUGAAGGAAUUUUGGACUCGAGCAAAGGGCCUGGAAAAGGCUAUAGACCAUUUGAUAUCCACUACUAAUCCAAGCUGUGUUCAACCUUACGAUGGAACCCUCGCGGUAGUCAUGACCGCGACAGCUCAAGCGAUGUACAUGGCACUAUCAAUCUUCUUCCAUCGCCGGAUAUACGAGAUUGAUCCUAUAAUGCUCCAGGGCAAGGUCGCUGCAAUUCGGGGCUACAUAAUCCAAAUCCAAGAGGAGGAAAAUCAUCAGAAGGAUAGUAGUAAUGCUGCGCUGAUCUGGCCGGCUUUUAUCACUGCCUGUGAGGCUGUUAGUCCCGAGUUACAGGUGUUCUUUUCGUCAUGGUUUGAUAAUUGUGCUCGGACGACAGCGUUGGUUCAUGCAUCAGUUGCUCAACAGAUAUUUGAGACAAUAUGGACCAAAAGGCGCGAUGUGAGCUUGUGUGGUGGAACAUUUAGCUGGCCAGAUAUUUUGCGGGGUGGGAACAUCAAGUUUAUGUGUAUAUGA